AUGCAUGGGCAGUCAGGGGUAGGGCUUGGGCCCUCCCCCUCCUCCUCCCCGGUGAAGAUCCGCCCCAGGGCAAGCACAGAGAUUGGUGCUGCGAUUUCACACUCGGGCGGCCCCUUCACCAUCCCUGCCAUGCAAGAGCCAGAGUCUCACUCCUACUCUGCCAUGUCCUCAUCAGGAAAAGACACCUCUGCCUCCUCCUGCCUCUCGUCCCAGUGCUUCGACCUCCUGACCAAGUCCUGCGUCAAGUGUGACUUGUUCAAUGACAACACAACAGAGCCCACCUCUGACCUUCCUUCAGCGGACCUGCCCAGCACCCUCCUGAUCUUUGGGGUCUUGAUGGUGGUGGGGCUCAUCCUGGCUCUUGGAGUCUUCCUGGCCUGCAAGGUGGGGAAGCAGAGGAGGAAGAGGAAGGUGGCCAAAGCAAACACAGACAUCACCAGCCCCCUGCGCAGCCCAGGCUGCCAGGACCCUGACAUGCUGGAGAGAGAUGCCACCCUGGCUCUGGCCUCAUGCCCACGUCUCAAUGGAGGCCUGAAGACGCCAGGGCCACCUGGGAAAGUCGGGGAAAAGUGGAGACCGUGCUGCCGGGACGAUACCGAUGGUGACAUUGUCCUGCUCUCCACCAUGUAUCCCCGACACGAGGAGCGCGACCAUGUCUUCCCGCUGCCUGCCACCGAGCUGGGGGCCACAGCCCUGGUCACCACCAAAACCACCCAGAACUGCAUCGCAGAGGAGACAGUCUAA